AUGGCCAGGCCGCCAGCUAGACGCACCGCCCAUGCGUCGCCAUCUGCCCCAGGGCCGAGUGCCGGCUUGCCAGGAAACGCAAAGGCCUCCACCGCAUCGGUACGCAAGCCCGUCUGCGCAAACCAACCAUAUCGCCGACUGCGCCUACCCUCCCUCACUUCCUCCUUCGUCCCGCACACAAACGCAUUCCUCGCCCUGCCAUUCUGCUCGCUUCUUCGUCCCCAGUUGGUCAUCGCGCCCGCAACCGACAAGUCCGACACACGAACCCGUCUUCGUCAGCCAAGCUCCGACCCUCCUCGUGCCUGUCUUGCACCUUCUGAGGUCUUGCAUUCCUUACAUCGUGACUUGGCUCUUCUCCCACAACACAUCACUCUCCGCCCCGUUACUGAUCCAUCGGGAGCGUUGCCCAAAUACCCCCACAUGGAACCGUAA